GCCUCUAUGGAGACGCAGGAGCUGUGUGCCAAGCAGGGCUGUUGCCUUCACGUCCAGAUUCGCACCUGCCCCUGGAGGUCCCUGCUUCCCUCUGCCCACAGCCAGCUCUCCCCAGGUCUCCCACUGCCCGGGCUGGCCUUGGUCUUUCUCCUUUUGUCUGUCUCGGAUGUGCUGGAAGAGCUGAGCCAGACCAGCUCCUGGUUCCCUCUCCCCAGCAUUCCUUGGUCUUUCUCCUUUUGUCUGUCUCGGAUGUGCUGGAAGAGCUGGAGUCAGACCAGCUCCUGGUUCCCUCUCCCCAGCAUUCCUCAUGUCUCCUGCUGCCAGCCCACAGGGAAAGGGCCAGAGGGUCUGGAGAGCCUCACUCCUGCCCCUGCUGCUGCUGCCACUGCUGAUCCCAGGCUCGUGGGCACUACCAGAGGCUCAUCACCUUCACCGAGUGGCGGGGCAGACGCUUUCUGUGUCGUGCCAGUACCCCCCCAAGGGCUGGCCCUACGAGAGGAAGGGCUGGUGUAAGGAGCUGUCGGCGUUCAAGUGCACCAGGCUAGUCACCACCACCAGUCCCGGCAGGCUGGUUCAGGCAUCUCGAUUCUCAAUCUGGGACAACCCUAGCGCUGGCCUCUUCAUUGUCAUCAUGACUGGUCUGAAGGAGGAAGACUCGGGACACUAUUGGUGCAGAAUUUACCACGCUUCCAGCAACUCUGUCUCUAAGUCCAUAAGAUUCUAUCUGGCAGUGUCUCCAGUCCCUGCCUCCACCCAGGCCAUCAGGGCUUCCGGAAAGCUGGUCUCGUCACCGACCCAGAGCUCUGUGCCCCCCACUGGAAGAGCCAGAGAGGCCCCUAGGACUUCCUCUGCCCUGACUGCCCCUUCACAGCAACAAAACUCCACCCUCCAGUCUCACGCCACAGCCCCUAGUGCUCUGGUCCCCAUGCUCUGUGCACUGCUUGUGGCCAAGAGCCUGAUGCUAUCAGCCCUGCUUGUCCGGGGACCUUGGAGGUGACUGGCUCACGAGGGCAGAGUCCUCAUGAAUGGGGUUGGUGCCCUCAUGAAAGAGGCCCCACAGCAUUCUCUGGCUCCUUCUACCGUGUGAGGACACAGUGAGUAGACAGCUCUGCGUGAACCAGGAAGGUCUCGCCAGACACGGAAUCUGCCAGCAACUUGGCCUUGGACUUCCCAGCCUCCGGAACUGUGAGAAAUAGAUGUUCCGUGAGCCACCGAGUCUGUGGUGUUUUGGGCACAGCAGCCCAAGUGGACUAAGACAAGUCUUGCUGCGUUUCUUUCUCUUGGACAGCUCAGCUUCUCCAAAAAAGCUCUUUGAACUGUCCUCCUGGGGGUGGAGGCCUGGCGCUAGGCACCAAGUGCGGCAAAGCAAAGGAGCGUCUCUGCCCAGCGUCUGUUCUCGCUCACUCGGGCCCCAGGUGGAAUACACUGUCCCUCUCCGCCGCGCCGGAGCCCUGAGCGGGCGUCUCUGUGACUCACCCUCGUCAGAGAUGAACCUGCAGGUGGUCUGCGGGGUGUGCCGUGUGGAAGGAGAAAGGAUGUGGGCAGUUGACCUGCUCGCUCUGUCUCAGGGGAGGCAGAGAGGGGGCAGAGUCCGACUGCUUCUCAACCCCAGCCCCCACUCACAGUUUGCUUCCUGAACUACCCACGCCUCCGAUUUCUAGGGCUUUCUGGGCUUCUAAGGUAAAAAUGACUCACUUCUGAUUUCUCCUACCCCCCCACCUUUCUCUGGUCCAUUGAAGUCAUUCAGUUGUUUCCCAGCUUUAAGACGCCCAUGGAGCUCCUUGAAGAUGGAUUUAUGUAAUUUUUACCCAUUUACCACCACUUCCCUCACACAGCUUCCACACCUCCUCAGCAGGAGCAGAGGGGUCUCAGCUUUUCCAUCAAACCACCCCUCCCCGCUCCCACCACCAUGGGCAGGACUGAGCCAGACCCAGAUCUCCACUUGCUCCUGUACAGACUCCUGGCCCCUUCUCCACCCAGCCCCCCACAGCCAGUGCUGGGGCCCCCAGACCUGUGGCGACUUAGCUAUACCACCCAGUUCAUGACGUAUUUUUUCUACUUUCCACGUUACUGCAGGUGGCGAUGUUGCUAAAACUUCUGCCACCACGCAGCAAGGAUCCCUUCUCCUUCUCCCCUACUGGCUCAGUGAGUUUGGAGAAUGUUCUUCGGGUCUCUGUGCCCAACCUCCUUCAGCAGUAAAGGGAGAACUGAUCAUAUCCACACAGCCAAGCUAUUUGGAUUACUAAGUAGGACGAUAUAUUCAUAAAGUAUCAGGCAUACGGAGGACACCCUAGAGGGAGUGGGGUGUCAUAAGAAGAGGACUCCCCUGUUCCACAGCAGAGACAACUCGGAGCUGAUCUCAGUGGGAGUGACAGCGAGCCUACAGGGAGUCGGCUCCUGUUCAUGGUGGACAGCAGAGGGGAACACAGAAGAGAACCAGGGUGAAGAAACUGACCAACCCAGGCCCAAACCACAUGCAGAUUCACUGACACCCCUCUUCGGGCCAGCAGUGGCCAGGGGCAGCCUUCCUCUUUGCCAGGAGGCUGUGGUGACCAGCCCAGUAUAAUGGGAUGGGAAAGGGGUUACCUUCCCGUCUGGGUGACAUUCUGCCCAGUUCCUGACCUCCCCCUCCUGGAUUCCUGUUCUAAUUGCAGGUGGAAAAAAAAGAUAUUAAUUGCAGGUGGGGCGUGCAGUGAAAACCCCUGAUGGAACUCAGGAGCCCAGGUGCCAGUAAAGCCACCCGCCACUUUCAGUAGGUCAUUGACCUUCUUCAGACUCUUUUCCUCACCUCUAGGGAGAGAAAUAGAACCACCACACUGUUGGGCGGAUUUAGAUAAACAAUGCAGA